AAAUAAAUGGAAUAGCAUAUGACUUGGCUUCUUCUGCUCCUACUACUGUUGCAGGAAAUUCUCGUCUUAAUUUAUUACGGAAAGAGUUGCAUAGCUUAAAAGCUAAUUAUCUUAUUACUGAGGCAACGAAAAUACCUUUUAUUACUGAAAAAGCAAAUCAGAUUCAAGCAAGAAAGCGUAUACUUCAUGGAAUUAAUGGUUACGAUUGUCCCAAGUUCUUUUACCUGGAAAAGGUUCAGGAAAGACUUAACAAAUGUAAUAUUACCAAGUCUCCUUCAAUGCAAAAUCUAAUAGACAUAAUGAUAAUGCUAUGUAUACGAUCGGCAGAUGUAAAAAAUCUUUGUAUCAACCGAUACAAACCAAGUCGUGAGUCAUGGUAUAAUCCUGACUAUUCUUGGUACUGUAUUGGUUAUGCAAAAAAUAAAGGUGAGGUAGAAGAACCCUGGCCAUUCCUUUCAAUAGAAAAAAAUCUAAUACAAGCAAGAGAAUUACUUAUCUGGAUUCAGAGGUCGAUACCGGAUAAAUUUCCCUUCUUGUUAAAAAAUAAGAAUGGAAAUACUAAUGUUGCACCUCUUAAUCAAUUCUUAAGUCGCUAUAGAAUUACCUCAUACAUGUUAAGAAAAAUAGGUGCCGAUCAUGCUUUCAGAGUACAUGGAGGUAGGAAUGAUUCCUGCUAUCAAUAUUUAUGGCAAUUGGCAUGUAGACAUAAAAUAGAUCAUGCUUUAUCAGUUAAACAUUAUGGUGUAAUGAAUGACAGACCAAAUGCCCCAGCACCUAAACAAGAAAAUAGUGAGGUCGAGGAUAUCAUUGACCUAUAUAAUUACUAA